AUCGCUCUGCUCUCGCUUCAAAGUAGCUCCACUUUUUUUUCGUUAGUUUUUCUUCUUUAAUUUCCAGAGACAAUAUUAAUAAAUUCCCAGAAAUCCAGUGCCCCACACCCCUCAAGGAGAAGCCAGUAAUGUUAAAGACAAGAUUAUGAAGCGCCCCGUCUCAUCCCUCAUUGGAAACUUGCUGUCGGAUAAUAAUAAUCACCAAGAGGAGGAUAAUCAAGAGGAGUGCUCCACGAAUAACAAGAAGGUCAAGUUUGUCUCCGGAGGUGGAAGUGCAGUGGUCAGUGGAGUGGGUGGAGGUGGUGGUGGGUUCAAUAAUAAUUUACUGGAGGGGAUGAUGGAGAAAAAUAGUGAAUAUAACGGAAUAAGUGCGGGAGGGAGUGAUAUUUGUGGCCUUGAUAAUGAAGAAUCGGUGGAUCGGGUGGAUUCAGCGGGUGGUUGUGGAGGGUCAUCAGCAGAGCCUUUGGCCAAGAUGCUCUCCACUUCAACGACCACAUCCACGCCAUCCCCCACACCGGAUGAUUCCUCAUCCCAAGAAAACAACAAUGACGCCAAGAAGGUCAAACUGAAUGGGGAUGCCACCACGACGACGGUGGAGAAUGGUGGUGGUGGGGGAGGUGGGUUAAACGGCCCAUCGAGAGUGGUUCAUAUCAGAAAUAUUCCCAGCGAUGUGAGUGAAACGGAAAUUGUUCAUCUGGGGAUCCCUUUUGGGAGGGUCAGCAAUGUGCUGGUGUUGAAGGGAAAAAACCAAGCCUUCCUGGAGUUGGCCGACGAGUCCGCGGCGGUCGCCAUGGUAACCUACUUCACCAACUGCGUCGCCCAGCUCCGGGGCCGCUCCGUCUACGUCCAAUUCUCCACCCACAAAGAGUUAAAAACCGACCAGAGCCACUCCAAUGCCAACUCCGCCGCGCAGGCCGCCCUCGCCGCCGCCCAAGCCUUGGUAAUCGGUGGCGGAGGAGCCACACCCCCAACGUCCCAACAGCAACAAGCCCACCUGCAGCAUUUAACGGGUCACAAUCUGGCCGCCCCCACUUCGCAAUUGCAGAUUCCCAUGGAGAACGGUGGGGGUGGUGGGGCGACCCAGGGGGGGCCGAACACGGUGUUGAGGGUUAUCAUCGAGCAGAUGCUCUAUCCUGUCACUUUGGACGUUUUGUAUCAAAUAUUUUCGCGCGUGGGGAAAGUACUCAGAAUUGUAACGUUUACAAAGAAUAAUUAUUUCCAAGCUCUCAUUCAGUAUCCGGAUGUGGUUAUGGCUCAGGCGGCAAAGUUGACCCUUGACGGCCAGAACAUCUACAACGGGUGUUGCACGUUACGGAUCGAGUACUCGAAGCUGUCCUCGCUGAACGUGCGCUAUAACAACGACAAGUCGCGGGACUAUACGAACCCCAACCUCCCCACCGGCGAAAACAACGCCGCCGAGCUCGUCUUUGGCCAGCAGAACGGCGUCCUCGGGGGGUUCCAAACUCAACAACAAAUCGCCGCCCUCCUCGGCCAAGUUAACGGACAUCACCAUAUCAACCAUCAUCAGCAUCCAGGCUUCCUCGCCGCCAUGGGCCUCACCUCGCACCAACUUUCCUCCGCCCCAAAUUCCUCCUCCCCAUCCUCCACCCAUUUUUCCCAUCACCACGCCCACCACCGUGGUGGGGGCGGUGGAAAUUCAAACUCCUCCCCCUCCUCAAUUUUAGCCUCAAUUUCUUCCAUGAACCCCGCGUCCUUGGCUGCCAUGGGGAUCGGGAUGCACGGUGGGGGCGGGGGUGGGGGCCACUCCAACAACUUACCAGGAUGUGUCUUACUCGUCUCCAAUCUUAACGAAGAGUUAAUCACGCCAGACGGUCUCUUUACACUAUUCGGUGUCUAUGGCGACGUGCAAAGGGUGAAAAUAUUGUUUAACAAAAAGGACUCUGCAUUAGUUCAAAUGAGGGAACCAGCGCAGGCGCAGUUGGCGCUGACAUAUUUGGACCGCCUGAAGCUGCACCAAAAAAUGAUUCGGGUGACGUUAUCGAAACAUGGCCUUGUUCAGAUGCCGAAGGAGGGGCAGCCCGACGCGGGCUUGACGAAGGACUACACAAACUCACCCCUCCAUCGCUUCAAGAAACCCGACUCGAAAAACUAUCAAAAUAUUUAUGCGCCUUCCGCAACGCUCCAUCUUUCAAACAUUCCCGCUUCCGUUUCUGAGGAGGAGAUUUUGAAUGCUUUCAAAGAGCAGGGUUUCAACGUCAAGGGGUUCAAGUUUUUUCCGAAAGACCGCAAGAUGGCCCUCCUCCAACUCCCCUCGAUCGAGGAAUCCGGGGACGCCCUGAUAAAAAUGCAUAAUCAUCAACUCCGUGAGAACUCUCACCUCCGCGUCUCAUUCUCCAAAUCCACAAUUUAAUCCUUUUUUAUAAAAAAAUAAUUUAUCGUGUGUUUCCAUGGAAACAGGAUUGACUGAUUGAUGAUGAAGAAUGAUUUUUUUUGACAACCUACUUAAGUUUUUUUUGUUGUUUUUUUGUGUUUUUUUUGUUAUAUAAAAAUGGUCGUUAUGGUUUUUUUUACAGAUAUUUAAAAAAUAAAAAAAAGUGGGAGUGGUUCUUGGGUCCACACAAACACAAGUAUUAUACUUUUAUUGUUAUUUUGGGAUUUAAUUUAAUUAUUAUUAUUAUAUAAAAAAAAUUGUGGAGUGGAUUUUUUUGUACAAAAAAAAAUAAUAAAUUUAUAUUGAAAAA